AUGAGGAUUUUAGUGUUCGUGCUUGUGAUCUUGGCUCUCUGCGCGUGCGUGUUUGGGAGGUCAAUUCCUCAGCUUAGGACCAUCUAUAUGGGAGAUUCAAUCUUCGAUGUAGGAACUAACAAAUACGUGAAAAACUCAGUUUCGCAUUGUGACUUUGUUCCGUAUGGGGAAACACGGUAUGCCAAACCAUUUGGGAGGUGCAGUGAUGGAUUCAUCAUCCCAGAUCUGAUAAACAAGGCCCUGGGUUUGCCCUUUUCCAGGCCAUUCCUGGGUUUGAAAGCUGAGGACCAAGUUUUUCCUAGUAUCAACUUUGCAUCUGAUGGUAGUGGAUUACUCGACUCGAUUCAUUCGGACUGGGGUGUCGUUCCAUUUAGUGAGCAGCUAAAACAACUCAGGGAAUUCUCCAUGAAGAAGAAUCUCAAUGACUUUGUUGUUGUGAUCUCUUCUGGUGGAAAUGAUAUCGCAGCAAAUCUUCAAAACAUUAUGGAUGUGGACUUGGAGUCAUUAGAGAAAGGUUUGCAACAACUUCACGAAUAUGGUUUUAGGAAGAUCAUCAAUUCAAGUGUUGGGCCGCUAGGAUGCUCACCUAUUGUUACUUCAGGAGGAAAUUGCGUGAGUGAAAUCAAUAAUUUGGUAAGGCAAUUCAACACACAGGCUCGGGGGAUUGUUCUAAGGGCAGCAGAAAGAUUACCAGGGAUGAGAAGUGCAUUCGUAGAUGGCUACUCACCAAUUAAAUCUUUUGUGGAGAACCCAAUCCAAUUUGGAUUCACACAUAAAAAUACAUUGAGCGAGUUUGAUCUCCAAUUCCGCGGAAAGAAAUGGAUCAUCUUGUUGAACGCAUGGGACUCCAAGGUACUACAGAUGCUUGCCUUGGAUGACAAUCCAACUAUUGAGUCCAUUCAGGAUUCGGAAGACUCAAAGAUCAUCGAGCAAGAAUGCUUCAGGGACAUGUGGAAGCUCAAGGUGGAGCCUUUUCCGGUGUGA